CAACUAAUAACUCUUCAUAUACAACUUGGUUUGAUGUGUGGACAUUGCACCCCAAAACCACAUUGCCAUACCGUUAAAAGGGUGUGUUAGAGUUUCACAAUUUGUUCCAUUCUUUUCACCCUUUUACCACUCUUUCAUCAUAAAUUGGAGUCUCCUAUAGUUUCUUAUAUACUACAAUAUAUAGAGAGAGAAAAAAGAAAGAAAGGAAGAUGAAUACAUUUAGUUCAGAAAUAUGCAGUAGUGGGUGUGAGUCUGGUUGGACUCUAUACCUGGAGCAAUCUUUCCUUAACCAGAAGGCUGGUGGAACUGAGGGGUCUUAUGAGGAGGAACACAAAGACAAAAGAUUCAAAGAUGAGGAGGAGGAGGACUUGUCCAUGGUUUCUGAUGCUUCUUCUGGACCUCCACAUUUCCCAGAUUAUGAUGAGGCUAAUUACUUCAAUGAAGAAGUCAAUGGUUGCUUUUAUUCAGCAUCCAAGAAGGCAGUGAUGCAGGCCAAGAGUGGUACAAAGAAGAAGAAAAUUAAAGAAAAUCAACAACACCUUGAAGAUCAGCAGCAUCUGCCUUCUUUUCUUUAUGACACUGCUAGCUCUCCUGUCUUUGACUUUUCCACUAACAAUGUUAAUGUGGCCAACCAACAAACUUCCAUAGGGAGUAUGCUAGAUUAUUCUCAAGGUUUUUCUGCAACUUAUUUUGAGGGAAGAUCAUCAUUCCAAGGAGAACACUUUGGUUUCUUACAAUCAGGAAAUGAGCUUCAAGGCAAAAAAUGGUAUGGAGGGAAAGGGAUGGGGAUAAGGUGAAGAUAUAUGAGUUUUGCUAUGGAUGGAGAAUCAUGGUGUUGAUGGAAUUUAGUAUUGAAAGGGACCCUGUACCUUUCUCUUCUUUUCUCUUGUUAAUGUAGUGGGAAACAACCUGAAAAGACAAGUUAGAUUUCUUUUUUUUUGCUGUAGAAAUUUAAUUUUGUUGUCAAUGAAUGAUGAUUACAAGGUAGAUCAGUUAGGCAGGCUCUGUGUAUGUGUAAGCAUGCUCCCCUCUUGUUUUCCAUGAAGCCUCAAGCUCAAUAUAAAUGCAGUACUAACAUUCAAUCGCUUUAAAAUUGAAA